AUGAUGCCAUUGAAAUAUUGCCACGUGGCUUUGCUGCUGUUCGUUGCAGCCGGUGUUGGUGUUGGCGCGAUCUACGUGGUGGAAAGUGGUGGCCGGAAGUCGUUUGUGCGGCUCGGGGCGCACCACUGGACAGAUGGCAGCGACGGUGGGCUGUGGUCGAGCCUGCUGGAGGAGUACACCGUGGGGUUGAACGGCAGCACCGGGUUUUCCAGCGCACCGAGGGAAAGUCGGGUAAUGCAGGCGACCGUCGUCGCCGGGCCGAAGUACAUUCCCACCUCCAGUUUCUACAUCAACAAGCGGAUCGGCGAGGCGCUGGAGCUCGAUGGUGCAGCGCAGCAUCGCCCGCAUCGGGUCGCACCGCCGGUGGGGAAAGUGAUCGCCAGCACCGGCGCCGGGGGCAAUCUGUUCGGCGACGCGAGCCAGGGGCACGCGGGGGCGACCUUCACACCGAUGCGCCAAACGUUCGGUGGCGCCAGCCCGACCGAGCUGCUCGCCUCACCGCGGGAAGUUUCCGAGACCGAUCUGUAUCUGCUGGGCGCGAUCGAGAAGCUGGUGUACCGGGUGGACUACAUGGAGAACCGCCUGCGCCGGGCAGAGCAGAUCAUCUACUUUCUGAUGGCAGGCAACAGCCAGAAGCAGGAGCCGUGCCCGCAGAACUUCACGCAAGUACACGAUCGCUGCUACCACUUCGACAUCGAGCGAGGUCUCAACUGGAAGUCGGCGAGCACGAUGUGCAAAUCGUACGGCGCUCAUCUGGCCGAAUUUGAAACGAUCGCCGAGUUCCAGGACGUCGUCGCGUACAUCCUGAACAACCCGGUCAACCGCGGGAAGGACUUUUGGCUCGGUGGGCUCAACCCGGGGCUCCUCUGGAUCUGGGCAAACUCGGCCAAACCGGUCAAUCCCAACACCAACCUCAGCACCAUCACCGGAGCGACGAAGAAGCAGUCCAUCAUCACAACCCCGGCCACACCGCUCGAUACAACCAACGGUGGCGGGACAGCCAAGCAGGAAGCAACCAAGAUCGUUAACAACGCCUCCAAGCAUCCGACGCUGGAGAUCACUGGGAACGGGCGAUGCCUGCGGUUGUCCUACAAUUCCGCACUCUACACCUACGGCUACCGCGGGGAGGAUUGCUCCGCCCAGUUCAACUACGUGUGCGAGCUGAAGGACAAAACACUCGAUAACGAAAUUUCCCGGAUAGCGAAAGAGUUGAAGCUUAACGACAUCCCGUAGGU